AUGGCUGGGUUCUCUCUGAGGGGAGGCGGCGGCGGAGGAGGAGGAAGCGGGGGCAGGAGCGGAGAGCGCGGCGGUGAUCAUCCAAUCGGGGCAGACAGCCUGUUUCUGUACGCGCGAGGCGCGGCCGCCGCAGCCGCCGACACGGCGGGCGGCGGCGGCGGGGGAGGAGGAGGGAUAGGGUUCCAGCUAUGGCACCCGCACCACCAGCAGGCGGCGGCCGUGCCGCAUACGUCGCAGUUCUUCUCCUCCGGUGUAGCCACUGGCGUCGUGCUGGGCUUCUCGCCGCAUGACGGCGGCGGAGUGGGCGGCAUCGGCGUGGGUGGCGGCGGUGGCCCGGGGGGCGGGAGGGCCGGCACGAGCUGCCAGGACUGCGGCAAUAACGCCAAGAAGGACUGCACUCACCAGCGGUGCCGCACCUGCUGCCGCAGCCGCGGCUUCAACUGCUCGACCCACGUCAAGAGCACCUGGGUCCCUGCCUCCAAGCGCCGCGAGCGCCAGCAGCAGCUCGCCGCUCUCUUCCGUGGUGCCGCCGCCAACAACAGCGCUGCCGCCGCCGCUGCCGUGGCCAACAAGCGGCCGCGAGAGCUGGUGCGCUCCCUUGGCCGCUUGCCAUCCGCCACCAACGCCAUGGUGGACACCACCACAUCCUCCGGCGAGGGAGACGGGAGGUUCCCGCCGGAGCUGAGCUUGGAAGCGGUCUUCCGGUGCGUGCGGAUCGGGCCUGUGGACGAGCCGGACGCGGAGUUCGCGUACCAGACGGCUGUGAGCAUCGGCGGGCACACGUUCAAGGGGAUCCUGCGGGACCACGGGCCUGCGGAAGAGGCGGCGGGGCAGCUGCCACCGACGUCGGCGGAGUACCAUCAGCUGACAGGGGGCGGGAGGGAGGGUUCAUCGCCGGCUGGGAGCAGCGAGGCCGUCGGCGGCGGGCACGGGACGACGGCUGCGACAUCCGCUGCGGUGCUCAUGGACCCCUACCCGACGCCGAUCGGCGCUUUCGCAGCAGGCACCCAGUUCUUCCCUCAUAACCCUAGAACCUAG